AUGGCAUACAACGGGCAGUACGGCGGCGGACCGGGUCCCCAACGACCUCCUCCGCAGCGCAGCUACACUCCUGGGCCUGGAGGGCACCCUCGGCAGUACAGCGCGCCACCUCCUCCGCAACAGCAGUACAAUCAGUAUCAGGACGGCGGCUAUAACGACUAUGGCUACGACAAUUACGGCAAUGGUUAUGAUCAAGGCUAUGGCGGCCAGUAUGACGACCCCGGAUAUGGCAGAGGAGGCCCCCCGAUCCGAAACUACCCCCCGCAAGAUUACUACGAUCAGGGACCGAAUGCGCCCGGCGCCGCUCCAGGAAGAGGGGGUCCCCAAAUGCCGCCUCCCGGAGGGAGAGGAGGACCAAUGAGGGGCCCACCUGGUCCCGGUCCUGGCCGAGGAGGUCCCUACCCACCCCGUGGGGGUGCUUAUGGCCCGGGUCCUGGCGGUCCUCCUGGCCCUCCUGGUCCCGGUGGUCGUGGAUAUCCCCCUCCGAGUCGCGACGGACGGCUGGGUCCGUCUGAGCGUCCGAUGAAUUCGCAACCGAAUGGUGAGCUCAUCCGCUGUACAUUAUCUCCUCCCCUUACCGUCCGUGAGAAGAGAGCCUAUGCUGAUAUGCUUGUAGCCGGACGUCCUCUUAUGGGUGACUCUGGCUCCUCGAACGUCGGGAAUAGUGGCUUUAAUGGUCCAUUCCCUACAUUCCCAGGCGCACAACGCAGGACCGACUACGAAGAGGAGCGGUAUAUCGUGUCCCAGAUAGAGGGGAUGGACAUCUCGGGACAGAGACCUGGCCCGCGCAGCCCUGAGGGGCCUCCUCCUCAGCAUGGCCCUAUGCGUCCUCCUCCGAGCGGAUUCGGUGGUUCCGGCCCGGGUCCAAUGGGUCCAUCUCGCGGACCUUCUCAGGCAUAUCGUUCUCCCAGUGACUACCCUGACCAGCGGCGCGGUCCUCCUCCGGGACCCGGUUAUGGCCCACCUGCAGCUGCUGGUCUUCAGGAUGAAGGCUUUGCCCCUCCGUCACGGAGCGUUACCAUGCCAAUGAGAGAUCAGAUGGAUAUGAGAGCAGGUGAUCCCGUUCAUCGUGACAGUGCUCCUUAUAACGGCCCCGUUGGCCGCGGUAUGCCUCCAAGGCCGAGCACAUCCCAGGGAAUGCGACAGCCGCCCCCUAGAAUUUACCCGCCAAACAAUGGUCCUCCUCCUCACAGCAAUCAUGAGCAAGGGCCUGGGCCCGAGCCAGGCUAUCAAGGUCACGGGCGCCCUCCGUCCGUUGAUGAUUUUUACGACUACUAUGGCGACAACGUGAACAACGAAUAUCCCGCCCGGAAUCCCACGUCAGCUGCCUCAGAGCUUCCGAAUUUUGAUUCUUUAGCGUCUCAAAAGUCUCGGAACUCGUUGGACCACCACAUGCAAGCCGGCGGGGCUACUCCUCAGGAGCAAGCCCAACGUGGCCCCGGCAGAUAUCCUGAAAUCAGCAGGGCUAAGUCUCAGCCGAAUUUGCGCAACUCUCAAACAGCCGUUUUCGAGAUGGCUGGAGACAUUCCGCCGCUUCCAGCUCAAAACCCCGCAGCUCGACCUAGUGGCCAGGGGCCGCCCUCUUCUCAACAACAGCCAGGCCCGCAGGAGCAUGGUCCUGAGCAAUCUGAUCCCAAUCAUCCCAGCUCUCAGCCGUCCGACUAUCACCAACAUGGGACACAGAGUCCCGGGCCUCAGCAACCCGAUUACCAGCAGCCUGGCCCUCAGCAGGCAGGCCCCCCGCCGUCUGACUUCCAGCAGGGCGGUCCAGAGUAUGAUCAAUAUUCUGGUCCCCAAGGACCCGCACCGCAGCCGGACCCUCCGAAUGGGCCCCAGCUUCACAGGGCUCCCACUGCUCAGUUUGGAUCCUCUCAUUCUCAGCCGUGGCAUCAGGGCCUGCCGAAUGGACCGCAGCUUCAUCGCUCUGCCACGACCCAGUUCGAUCAUCAGCUUUCCGGUGCUCAGUACUACGGGCCGCAACAAGGUCCUCCCAAUGGCCCUUUGCUCCAGCGGUCAGCGACAAGUCAGUUUGGACCUGGCCCCGGACAGGGCCUUCCACAAGGCCCGGCUCCAUAUCGGCCUGGGCUGCAACGAGCCGCAACCCAAGCAGGCCCUCAUCUAGAUGUUUUGCCAUCGCACCCUCCACCAGUCCGUCCUGGCCACAUGCCAGGCUCAGUCGUCAACCUGGGUGAUCGGCCUCCUCCAGUGAGAAACUACGGUGGUGCGCCUGGAUAUGGUAACGCCGCCCCUUCCCAGUCUCCUGAAGGGCAGGAUCAGGCCUCUGCUGCUCAGCAACAGCCACCAAUUGGCCAACCUCGGAAGAAGAAGGAAGCGGAACCCCCAGUCACUGCUGAGGAGCUCGAGCAGCUACGGGCGAUAGUGAAAAAUGACCCUAACGAUCAGACGUCGGCUCUUCGGCUCGCAAAGAAGCUCGUUGAAGCAGCCGAUGUCCUCGUGCCCAAUCUCCCAGAUCCUAAGGCUCGUGCUCGCUCGCGAGAACGUUACUUGGUCGACGCACACAAGAUCCUGAAAAAGUUGGAGAAAGCUAACAAUCCAGAGGCCAUGUUCUUUUUAGCCGACUGUCUAGGUCGUGCUGUUUUCGGCAACGAGCCCGAUCCAGCUCACGCCUUCACACUUUACCAGUCGGCGGCCAAGCUCGGUCAUGCAGCCGCUGCGUACCGUACCGCCGUCUGCUGUGAGAUUGGUAACGAUGAAGGUGGCGGCACACGCAAAGACCCCCUUAAAGCCAUGCAAUGGUACAAGCGCGCUGCAGCGCUGGGUGACACGCCGGCCAUGUACAAGGUGGGUAUGAUCCUCCUCAAGGGACUUUUGGGCCAGCAACGCAACCCGCGCGAAGCCAUCAGCUGGUUGAAACGGGCCGCCGAGCGUGCGGACGAGGAGAACCCACAUGCUCUGCAUGAACUCGCCCUUCUGUAUGAAAGCGCGGAGCCAAACGACGUCAUCAUACGCGACGAGGCCUAUGCCUUUCAGCUUUUCAAGCAGGCCGCCGAACUGGGCUACAAGUUCAGCCAGUUCCGUUUGGGUUGUGCUUACGAGUAUGGCUUACUUGGCUGUCCGAUUGACCCACGGCUGUCCAUCAUGUGGUACAGUCGUGCCGCCAUGCAGGAAGAGCAUCAGAGCGAGCUGGCGCUGUCAGGCUGGUAUCUGACAGGCAGCGAGGGAGUUCUCCAACAGAGCGAUACUGAGGCGUAUCUUUGGGCUAGGAAGGCCGCCAUGGCCGGGCUGGCCAAGGCUGAAUAUGCAAUGGGCUACUUCACUGAAGUUGGUAUUGGUGUUCCUCCUAACUUGGAAGAUGCGAAGAGGUGGUAUUGGCGAGCAGCGGCCCAAGACUUCCCAAAGGCAAGGGAACGACUGGAAGAGCUCAAGCGUGCCGGCAAAAAUGGCGGGCAGCGACCUAGGGAACGCAUCUCGCGUAGCCGGAUGACCAAGCAGCAAGACGGCGACUGCGUUGUCAUGUGA